AUGGCCAAGGAAGGAGCCGGGAAAGCUGAGGAGACGGAGCAGAUGAUCGAGAAGGAGGCGCCCGAAGGCGGCGGCAGCGGCAACGGAGAGAGCGGCGGCAACAACAGCGGCGGCGGCGUCCCGAAAGCCGGGGAUGCCAAAGAGAUGCGAGCCGUGGUGCUCUCCGCUUUCGGGGGCCUCAAUAAGCUCCGGGUGUCUAAAAAAGUGAUGCCGGAGCCUCAGGAAGGAGAGCUGAAGAUCCGCGUGAAAGCCUGUGGCUUAAAUUUUAUUGAUCUGAUGGUUCGCCAGGGGAACAUUGAUAAUCCACCUAAAACACCACUUAUACCUGGAUUUGAAUGCUCUGGAAUUGUAGAAGCUCUGGGUGAAAAUGUGAAAGGCUAUGAGAUUGGAGACAGAGUCAUGGCCUUUACUAACUACAAUGCCUGGGCUGAGGUUGUGUGCACCCCGGUUGACUUUGUGUACCAAAUUCCUGAUGACAUGAGCUUCUCUGAAGCAGCUGCUUUUCCUAUGAACUUUGUAACAGCAUAUAUGAUGCUCUUCGAAGUUGCCAACUUGAGAGAAGGCAUGUCCGUGCUGGUUCAUUCUGCUGGGGGCGGAGUGGGACAAGCUAUUGCUCAGCUCUGCUCAACGGUUCCUAAUGUUACCGUCUUUGGAACGGCUUCUUCUUUCAAGCAUGAAGCCAUCAAAGAGUCUGUGACUUACCUGUUUGACCGAAAUAUGGAUUAUGUCCAAGAAGUUAAAAAAAUCUCUGCAGAUGGUGUAGACAUUGUCCUGGAUUGUCUUUGCGGUGAAAAUACUGGUAAAGGCCUCAGUCUACUCAAACCACUUGGGACUUACAUUUUAUACGGCUCAUCAAACAUGGUUACUGGGGAAACCAAAAGUUUCUUCAGCUUUGCAAAAUCGUGGUGGCAAGUGGAGAAAGUAAAUCCUAUCAAACUUUAUGAAGAAAACAAAGUCAUGGCUGGAUUUUCUCUGCUGAACCUGCUUUUCAAACAGGGCCGAAGUAGCCUUGUCACUAAAGUAAUGGACAAUCUCAUAAAACUUUACAACGAGAAGAAGAUCAAACCAGUGGUUGAUUCACUGUGGGCACUGGAAGAGGUGAAGGAAGCAAUGCAAAGAAUCCAUGACAGAGGUAAUAUAGGAAAAUUAAUUCUGGAUGUGGAGAAGACACCUACUCCUUUGAUGGCCAACGACAGCACAGAGACCAGCGAAGCUGCCGAAGAGGAAGAAGACCACGAGGGGGACAGUGAGAACAAAGAGUGUAUACCAUUCAUUCAACAGUAG